GCAUUGUUGGAACGCCUCUCGUUUCCCCUCCGCCAUUACAGUGAGAUCCAUGGAGUGAUUGUGGUUAUCGGGUGAUUUUCAGUGAUUAAUCCAUAGUGUGUGGGUUGAGACCAAUCCAAGUGUCGUGUCAAAAAUGGAUAUAUGAUGUCUACGCACUCUCAGACGAACGGGGCAAGCUUAGAAGAUUGCCACACCAAUUUCUUCGCCCUGACUGACUUGUGCGGAAUAAAAUGGCGAGUGUACGCUUGGGACAACCCUACCAGCUGACCCCCUUGAGGACCCCGUGCUGGUGUCCUAUGCCCGCAUGAUGGCCGCCGACGUGCUGUGCGUGUGGCGGAGGACUUGGCGCGUGCCUCAGGAGCCCGUGCCGCCACUCCCUCAGGCACUCGCCCAAGGAACUCUGGGUCUUCUGGUACGGCGACGAUCCUGACCUCACCAACUUGCUGGCGCCCGAGCUGCUCAAGAGCGGUGAGGGUAUUCGCGGAUCUUGGGACUGGGAGAACGGCUUGUCCUAUGAGUGCAGAACACUUCUUUUUAAGGCUCUGCAUAACCUUAUUGAAAGAUGUCUGCGAACCCGGGACUUCGUCCGGCUGGGUCGUUGGUUUGUCCAACCUUACGAGGGCCCGGAGGGUGUUCCUGGCAACAGGAGUACUCACCUGUCAUUCAGUCUGUCAUUCUUCGUCCAUGGCGAAAGCAUUGUAUGUGCCAGUGUGGACGUUCGGCAACACCCACGUGUCCGACGGCUCACGCGGCGACACCUGCUUUUAGCACAGCAGUCAAAUCAUGGCAUACCAGUUAUAUUGGGGCCAUAUGGGUUGAGUGGCACCUUGACUGGUGUGAGUUAUCGGCUGUCUGAGCCAUCAACACAGAAGUUGUUGGAUGAGUGGAGACAGUUCUUUCCUAUUGAAACAAAGGCAUCACAGGGAGACUCCCCAGAACCCACUAUGCCUGCAGCCGUUGAGGUUAUUGUGGGUGGCCACAAAAUGCGUUAUCCAACAUGUUACACAUUAGUGACAGACAUGGAUGACUACUUAAUGGCAAGUCGUGGUGGGACAGUUGUGAAUACCAAUACUGUUUCUCCUGGAGCUAUGAAAGGUGGGCUUACAAAUGAUAACACCCCAGAGGGUAGUGACGGGACGAGCCUUCCCUCACACAAUUCCCCCUUCACUGCCUCGAUUCACACCUUACUAGCCCCCGGGUACUUGAGCUCUGGGGGACGAGGCCUCGGUUGGUCACGGGAGAUGUGUGAGCGUGUCUGGCAAGACAUAGUCCAGUGUCCAGGCCAGCAGCCCCCGGCACAGAGUGAUGGACUGACACCAGAGGGGACAUUGAACCCUUCUGAAAUUGCUGGCCAGUGGGACUUCUCUGACCCUGCAACGAAGAUCAGCUGCUCCUGUGCCAAGUGCAGAAGGGGUCGGGUCAGUAGUAAAGGGUGUAGCAGCAGUAAGGGCCGCGGGGAGAGAGGUGGUGGGGGAGGCGGGCGCCAGAGGGGGGGCAGCAGCAGCAACUCCAACUCUGGCUGCAUCCCCUUCCACAAGCGGUCUCCCCCAGCCCCACUACCCUCACCCGACGAAGUGGUCCUGGACCAGUGUGGCGUGACGGCCAUCGAGGAGUCGGGACUAAUGCAGGCCGCUGCCAGACUGGGUGGUGCUGCAACACCUAGUGGAGGCAAUGGAGCUGGGAGUUUUGGAGGGUACAAGAGUGGUGGUGUGACAACCCCAGGUAGUGUACCCAGUCUUCGGCUAACUGGAGUUGCAGAUGGCCCUCCUCCAUCUGUAGAAUCUCCAGCUUCUGCCAUUCCAUCUCCACUCCCUACACCUCAGCCAGCCUCUGUGCCUCAUCAUGAUCCCACCAUGCCAACUUUGAGUCCCCAUCCACCCCCAUCCAAUACAUCAGUGGGUGAUCCAACUACCCCUGCUGCUCUCGAUUCUUUGGAUGUGAAACCAAAUAUUGCUGAUUUGAUGGGCCCCAAGUCCAUAUCAUCUCUCAACAAUCAGGGCAUGUCUCCUUAUCCUGGAAGUGAGAGAGGCAAUGGUGUGGAGUCAAAUGAGACCAGCAGUAGCCUGGGAGGUGGUGGAAGCAAUAGCAGCAGUCUGCCUAGGGGACUAAAGCGACCAUCCCUGCCAGGCACAGACUACCAUUCUAUACUAGAAUUGGAAAAACCUAGUACCGUCCUCUAUGACUACUCCAAAUUAAAUGCAUGGUUGCAUCAUCCAGUGAAGAAAUUUAAACCAGCUGAACCCAAAGCAGAGGAACCUCUGUGGCCACCAUAUAGACCUGCACAUAUCCAAGAACACAUGGAAGUCAUCCAUCGUGCAGAACCAAGCCAAGAGAUUCCUGAAGUGAAUGGGUUACCUGCAAAGCGGUCUGGUGGCAUAAAGAGACAGGCUGACCCAUAUGACUUCGAUGAUGACAUAGGCACAGGCACCACCCCAGAAACAUUCAAACGAAAAGAUGGCUUUGACAAGGAGGAGACCAAGACCCCUGGGAGUGUCCGUUCCUCCCAUGAUCCUCAGUCCCCGCUGCAACCAAAGAGAACUGGAAAUCUUUAUACAAGUGAAGGGCUUCAAGCCUCGCUAUCAGAUUUGGAUGUCAUGUUUGAUUCUGAUUCUCCAGUGGAUGAUGUCGCAUUCCCUGACCAUACUCCACCUGGUUCUAACAAACCCCUGGGAGGGCCUGAGGAUACAGCUGCAGUUUUGAACAACAAGAACAGUGCUAGUGGUAACAAGACCAGUGUUAACACUAGCUUAGUGGAGUUGACAAAAAUGUUUCCAACACCUCCCUCGAGGAUUCUGUGCCACAGGUCAUCAGCAUCAAACAGGAGCGAGUGGAUGAUCUUAGACCACUUCAUUCACAGGAACAGGCAAACCUGCCUGCUAAAGAAGAACCGAAAGAAAUGUUGGCUGUUUAUCGGCCUCCUACUCUUUCAAUGUUUGUUGGCUCCCGCAAGUAUGCUCCACUAACCAACCUACCAAGUCAGGAGUAUAAGACAAUUGUGACACUUCCUCCUGAUUGGGCUUACAAACCUUCAUGGCAGUUCCCAGUUGCUGAGAAGCCCCACGGACCAGCUCCUACAUUGGGCCACAUGGGUCCUCUCCAUGGAGGUCCUCCAUCAACUGGACAAACACAGAAGGUGGGCUUAUCUCCUAUCUCACCCAUGACUUCAAGUUUGGGUGGGCCAGUGUCAGACAGUGGCCCAGGGUCUCAGCGUGGGCCAGGCAGUGUUGGAGGCCCAGCUUCUGCAGGACCACCCAUGAAUUAUGAGCUACCAUCCCCUGCAUCCAACCAGUCAUCUUACCUCAACAAGACACUGCCAUCAGUAGAGCCACCAAGCAUGGGGCUUAGCCAAGUACCUGAAGCAAAUUCCCUUAUUGUUAACAUCGCUCUGCAGGACUCGAGCGUCAACUUGUUCAGAGAUCACAACUUUGAUUCGUGCACAAUGUGUGUCUGCAAUAACAACCAGAAAAUUGUUGGAAAUAUCCGUGGAAAGGAUGGAGCUCUAUAUUUACCACCUACCCAUCUUAGUUUAGAAGAAGAAAGUGCAAGUUGCAGUUGUGGUUUCUCUGCAGUAGUUAAUAGAAGGUUGGCCUUUCAGGCUGGCUUAUUUUAUGAAGAUGAAGUGGAUCUUACUGGCCUCCAUGAGGCUUUGGUCAAUGAGCGUAAAAAGCAGUCUUUACUCAUGCUGAUGGACAAUAAGAAUGCAGACAAUCCUGAACGUGAUACCAGUAUUCUAGAUCAGAUACCUCAGUCUAUGUACCAGCUGUUACAAAGCCAGUGCUUAGUAACUUUAAGUACUCCCUCUAGUGUCAUUUAUAGAUCAACAACAGUGUACCAAAAUAAUAGACGAGACAUUAUGCUGAACUUAGUGGAUUAUAAAGAUGGUAAUGAGAUUGCAAGCUUGGCUGUAGAACAGUCACGAGGUGUUAAUGUGGGUGAAGGUGAAGUGAACUCCCCUUCAGCAAGACAUCAGUGCAUGCAUAAGUGGUGCUACUACCAGUUCGAUGGUCCCACAUGUUCUAGGGACAUAGUGCGUUGUAUGAAGGCCCUCCAGCCUCACCUACAAGAGGCCAUACAAAAGAAGGGAAGAUGGGUGAACUUAUUUAGUGUUGAAGGGCCCCUCACGUGGCGGCAGUUCCACCGCAAGGCUGUUAGAGGCAAUGAAGAUAUUGCUGAACCAUUGCCUAUUCCUAUGUUAUUGACAGGCCAUGACCGAGACUGGUUGUCCAUAGCACCGCAAUCCCUUAGACACUGGGAAAAAUUACUUCUUGAACCAUACUCACAGCAGAGGAAUGUGGCAUAUGUUGUGGUUGCUCCUGAUAAUGAAUUCAUACUCAAUCAUGUGCGCACAUUCUUCAAGGAGUUGUCAUCUAUAUAUGAGUUGUGCAAGCUCGGUCGUCAUGCCCCUAUACAACGAGUCCUGAGAAACGGCAUAAUGAGGAUAAGCAAAACUGCAGCAUCCAAAGUAGCAAAUGAGCCAUUAGAGGAAUGGUUCUCUCUCUUGGGUGACUCCCAUGUGUCUACCAACCUCAAAGUUUAUGCACAGGUUUGUCGGUACUGGUUGGCCCCACACCUAGCAAUGCUUAGCAUGGACAAGAGUCUCUUUGAAGCACCAGGACCCAAUAGACCUGCAGAGAGGCAAGCUCCAUCACCAAUGCCUCCUCCGUCAUCAGAAAACAUGGGGAGCACCAACCCCUCAACAACACCCACAUCAAACUCAGAGCCUGAGUGCAACUUCUACCUCUGGCACACAGCCAGGUAACAUCCCUCUGGGUGCAAGCUUAAAUGAAGUAGAGGAAGACGACUCCCCUCCUCCAGCUAUUCUUGUCUACUUGGUGGACCCCUUCAAUGUUGGGCAAGACCACCCUGACAUGCACCGCUUGGUUACCUUAGGGUUGCUCCGCUGCUAUGAACACAUGCUGGAGGGAUUGACUGAGAGCAUGCAGAAUAAUGUGUAUCUCCAGAUUGUCUCAUUGGAAAGUAUACUGGAGUUGGCCAGUGACUCACAUGACCGGUCCCACCACAUAGACCAGCUCAAGAGUCUGGCCUUCUCAGUGUUCAUGCAGUGCAGAAGAACUUUGACUCAUAAUGCAACAGUCAAGUCCCUAACAGGUUUUGGACCUGCUGCUGCGUAUGAUGAUUUCCUCAAGCCUAAGGAAGCCAGUCUUGCAGCAGAGGAAAAGAGGCAGGCUCCUUACCACAUAUUCUCCCCUGCAUACAUUGUUGCCCCCAUCAAAGAGAGUCGUGGUACAUAUAAAGAGGCACAGGAGGCUCUUGGAGCUCCACGUGAAAAGUCAACCAUCUUGAACUGCACCUACUGCCUAUCUGAAGAUCAGAGAUGGCUCCUAGCAACAGCCACUGAUGAAUUAGGGGAAAUUUUAGAGACUGUAACAAUCAAUAUUGAAAUUCCAAAUAGGACGAGAAGAAAGAAAGCUUCUGCUCGUCGUUAUGGCUUGAAGAAGUUGAUGGAUUGGAUACUUAGUGUGAUGUCUAUUGGUGUACAUCCCUGGCGCCUAGUUGUAGGUAGGCUUGGUAGAAUGGGCCACGGAGAAUUGAAAGGCUGGUCUUCCCUCCUGUCAAAGAAAUCUCUCAUUCAGGCUAAUAAAAAUCUGAGAGAAAUGUGUAAGCAGUGUGCAUAUCUGUUCCCUGGAGAUGCCCCAUGCAUCCUGUCUGCAUGUCUGGUUGCUAUUGAGCCAGACUCAUCAUUCAGAAUGAUGCCAGAUAUGUUUACACCAGAUGAGAGAUUUGGACAGAAUAGCCAGAACUGUAGCCUGUCAACUCCACAAGAUCUCACUUGUACACAUAUACUGGUCUUCCCAACUUCUGCUACUGCACAGUCAGCACAGCAGAGAUUCCAGGAGGAGACCACUUUCCACUUUGAGGGUAAUGGGUUGUUAUUAGAUGACGAAGAUCUAGAGAACGAUAUAGGUGGUAGUAUAAGUGACAUUGGCAUGAGCAUGGGACUCAACAUCCAGGAUAUCCUUGGACUUGACACCGGCCCUAACCAGGAUGACCAGUUAGAAGAUGGAGGUGGACAAAGAGACUCCCUAUCCCAGCCUGGAAGUCCCACAGCUGGAGUUGGCGGUCGAACUAGUCCCUCACAGUUUUCUGGUCAAGCGCGUAGCAAUGGUAUAGUGCUGGUUGACCCUGAAGAGGAUUCUGGUGGUUCAGUGUUACAACAGCCCUUGGCUCUUGGCUACUAUGUCUCCACUGCAUCCACGGGUCGGCUACCAAGAUGGUUCUGGUCGUCCUGCCCUCACCUUGAAACAUCCUGCCCAGUGUUCCUUAAGUCAGCCCUCCAUCUUCACUCACCUGGAAUUACACAGUCUGAAGAUUUGAUCAUGAACACUACAAAUAACAAGGUCCACCCAUUGGAUUCUUCUAUCACCACUGAUGUCCUUAGAUUUGUCCUGGAAGGGUACAAUGGCCUCUCAUGGCUAGUCCUGGAUCCUGCCAAACAAGACAGAAGAUCUUGCCUGCCAUUACACAUGCAAGUUCUGUCUCAUCUGUACAAUGUGAUGGCAGCCCUUGUGUAACUACUGCUCUUCUGCAAACACC